AUUCCCCUCAGCGGUGCCUUUGACUGCUCACCCUCGUGUUCUUGUAAACGGCCGCUGGCCGUUGACCAGGAAACAUCUUCAAACAAUCAUGACGGCUACAACGUCAAGGUUGAUCAUCCGCAACCUUCCUCCUCAUACGACUCAAACAUCUCUGAGCGAGCACUUUUCCGCCCUUCCUUCAACUUCCUCCUUAGCUCAAGAUGGGUCAAGCCAGCGUAUCACAGACGUCAAGCUUAUGCACAAGCCAGAUGGCACAUUCAGGCGCUUCGCAUUCCUAGGGUACAAGUCUGCACUCGACGCUCAACGCGCGCAGGAAUACUUUGAUGGGACCUUCUUUGGCACUAGUAAGAUCCGCGUGGAAUUCGCAAGGAGCAUCAGCGAGGCAAAGCAAGAUGGUGCCACUGCCGGUACAGGCGAUAAGCGAACCCGUGACUCAGCUGCUGGCCCAAGGGAUAGCGGAACCGAGCGCGCUGGCAAGCGGCAAAAGGCAGCUUCUGCUGACCAUGGCCCGGAGCCGAAAGCCAAGAGAAACAAGCCAUCAGGCAAGGAAGUUACGUUUGAAGAAUUCAUGGCGGUCAUGCAGCCGAAGUCAAAGCGUAAAACGUGGGCGAACGAGGAGGCCCCUAUGAAUGCGGAUGGCAAUGCAACCACAGCAAAUUGCGGGCAGCCGGGGGAUGAUUCGAUUGCUGACGAUGACGACGACGUACAAGACCUGACCGACCUAACGAAGCAGAAGAAAGAAGAUAAAGAGAGGCGAAAGGAAGAGAAACGAAAGAAAAAGGCCCACUUGAAGGGCGAGCUAGCGAACGACUCGACCGCUGCGAAGAACGAAGCAGCGGAAGGAAUCGCUGGAGCGCAAAACGAGCCUGACGAACAGACAGAGAGCGAAAUGUCAGAAAAGGACAUCGAAAUGACUGAUGCCGAGUACUUCGCUAGUCGAAUGCGAAGACAUAUCGGGACAGGAUUCGAAGAGGAAGGGAAAGAUGAAGUUCAUACCGAGACGAGAGGCCCUGGCUCCUCUUCAGGUGCAUCUGGCUCCGACAAUGAUUCAGAGGCCGGAUCAUCAUCGAUAUCAAAAGAUGUCUCCGCUGCUGCGGCUGCUCGUGCGAUAGCCGCUGAAGAGCGAGCACGGAUUGCAAAAGAAGAAGAUCUCCGCAAAGAGCAAGAGGCAGUUGACAUUAUUAUGCAGACCAGUCGUCUGCUCGUGCGUAACCUGCCCUUUACCACGAGCGAGGAUGAGCUGAAGGAGUGGUUCGAAAAGUGGGGCGAAGUUCGAUAUGCCCGUAUCCCAGUUGACAAGAUUACCAAAGUCUCCAAAGGCAUCGGCUUCGUGACAUUCGUCAAUGCACCUGAUGCGCUGCUCGCCUAUCGGGCAAAUGAUGGAUCUACCUUUCAAGGCCGACUGCUUCACCUCCUGCCUGCAGUCGACCAACACCCAGAAGGCCUACCCGCACCGGUAUCAGAGAAGAAGAAAUCGCUGAAGGAGCAAAGACUUGAAGAGCGGAAGCGCAAAGCCGCCGAUGGCAAAGACUCCUUUAACUGGAGCAGCUUCUAUAUGAGUGCCGAUGCUGUCGCCAACAGUAUCGCCGAACGCAUGGGCAUCAGCAAGAAUGACAUUGUGAAUCCGGACGAGAGCGCCGGAACUAGCGCAGCCGUGCGUUUGGCCUUGGCCGAGACGAAGGUGAUCCAGGAAACAAAGGAGUUCCUCAAGCAACAUGGCGUCGACAUCUCUGCACUUGAGGGUGCUGGCGUGCAGGGUGAAGAACGCAGGAGAAGAAACGACUGCGUCAUCCUCGUUAAGAACUUCCCCUUCGGCACAACGGACUCGGAAAUUCGUAACCUAUUCUCGAGAUUUGGAGAAGUAGCGACUGUUCUCCUACCACCAGCGGGGACGUUUGCAAUGGUCGAAAUGCCUAUCGCCAAUGAGGCCCGUGAAGCAUUCCGUGCACUUGCAUACACCCGCUUCAAAGACAAACCAAUCUACUUGGAGAAGGCUCCGGAGGGGAUCUUCGUCAGCAAAAGCGACGGCGCUGCUCCCGGCGCGGCGAGUACGAACGCAAAGCUAGCACCAGGCUCCAAGUUGGCUGCGAAACUGGGUGGUGAGGGUGCUUUCACCGAGCACGACAUAGCCACUGGUGCAGACGCGUUAGCUGCGACGGCGACCAUCUUCGUCAAAAACCUUUCAUUUUCCACAACGGACGCGCGUCUCACACAAGCGUUCCAGCAUCUUCCCAAUUUUGUCUUUGCACGCGUGCAGAUGAAGACGAGCAAUGCCGCUCCUGGCAAGGCACCGAUCAAGUUGAGCAUGGGCUACGGCUUCGUCGGAUUCCGCAUGGCGGAAGCUGCGAAGCAGGCAAUCGAGAGCAUGCAAGGCACCGCGCUCGAUGGACAUGUCUUGUCCCUCAAAUUCGCUCAUCAGGAUGCCAGUGCUGCCGGCGGAAGCUCCGGAGACGGGGCGUCAGCGCACGGCGGCAGCGCAGCGAGCCGCAGCAGCAACACGACACUUCUCGUCAAGAACCUCCCUUUCGAGGCGUCGAAGAAGGAGGUGCGGCAGCUGUUUGAGGCGCACGGGCAAAUUAAGAGCGUUCGCGUUCCGAAGAAACUCGACCGGAGUGCGCGUGGCUUCGGUUUUGUCGAAUUUGUAAGCCGCCGCGAGGCGGUCAAUGCGAUGGAGGCGUUGAAGCACACGCACCUACUCGGACGGCACCUCGUGCUCAAGUGGGCGCAGGACGAAGAUGCGAGCCGCGGCGUGGAUGUCAGCGUUGAGCGAGCCAGAGGCAAAGCGCGCGUCGCAGCUGCGGCGCAGUCCGCAGCACCCGAGAUGGGCGGCGCGAAACGCUCCAAGAUGAAGCUCGGUGCCGAGGACAUUGCAAAAGCAGCUGCGCAGGAACGACAACGUCGCGACGAUGUGGAGGAAGAGGACGGGGAGGACUUGGAGGGGUGAUGCAUGAGCAUACUGGUGCUCAUCCAUGCCUUUUUUUCGGAGCAUGUACAGCCUACUAAAGUUCAUUGUGAUAUACAUUGUUCUUU